GUAGACCUCAAAUUUAUAUGUCACCGUGCUUUACUUAACGAUCACCAACUCGUACGAAGAAUGCAUCGCCCUAAAAAGACAUCUCCGUUUACCGGACGAUGCUGGCCGGUUUUGUAAGCAGUCGUUUCGGUCCAAAGGGGAAUGAACUCCCGUUUCUCCUGAUCCGUCCCUCUUUUUUAACGCCGGGUCACUCCCCUUCUGCUUUCACAAACGGCCGCUCCUAAUGCGAGAUGCGGGGCGCGUAGGCAGGGAGAAAUGAACAUCGCUGAAUGAAGAAACGGGACCAAGUAAUUGCCCACGGAAAACGGUGUCAGUUAUAUAACAAUCUCGCAUGACUAAGAAAGGAGUAACAGCCUUUUCCUUUUUUUACAAUUUAAAACUGGUCUUCAAACUGGGAUCCCCAUCUUGUCGCCGCGUUAACUUAGAGAGCACUGGAUUGUCUGUAGAAGAAAGAUGGAGUGAUGAAGAAAGAAGGUGGCUUUUGGAACUGUAUCGCAGUACCUGGCCUGCUGGAUAUGAGCCUUCCUCCACAGGUCAUAGUCCUCAGUUGUGCGGCUAACUGCGACUGGCGUGGUAGACGGAAGCUAAAGAACCGGGCCGUUUUGUGGACAGUCCCAGCACAGGCAGUCUGAAUGAGACAAGCUGGACUUCGGGGGGGGUCCGGAUGGGACUGGGAGUGAGGAUGGACAAUCUGGCAGAGUUCGAGAGCUGCUGUCCAUCGAGACGUCGAGAAUGGGAUACCAGCAGUUGCAUGGAUGAUUUGUUGGAAGAAGAUGAGAAAGACAGGGCGAAAAGGGCGUCUCGCAACAAAUCUGAGAAGAAGAGGAGGGAUCAGUUCAAUGUUCUCAUUAAGGAGCUGUGCACCAUGCUUCAGGGCCAAGGUUAUCCCCGCAAAAUGGACAAAUCCACAGUACUACAGCGAACCAUUGACUUCCUGCAGAAGCAGAAAGAGAUCACCGCUCAGACCGAAUCACGUGAGAUCCGGCAGGACUGGAAGCCGCUCUUUCUUUGCAAUGAAGAAUUCACACAGCUGAUGUUAGAAGCUUUAGAUGGUUUUCUCAUAGCUCUCACGACAGAUGGCAACAUAAUAUAUGUGUCUGACAGCGUUUCGUCCUUGAUUGGUCACUUGCCGUCAGAUAUGGUGGACCAAAACAUCUUGAACUUUCUCCCUGAGCGAGAACAUGGGGAGGUCUACAAGCUGCUAUCGUCCCACAUGCUGAUGACUGACCCCGUCACCCCUGACUUGGACAAUGAGUCACACAUUGAGUUCUGUUGUCACUUAGCAAGAGGAAACAUCGACCCAAAAGAGCCCCCUACCUAUGAGUAUGUGAAAUUUGUUGGCGAUUUCAAGUUUCAUAACUAUGUGCCUACGAUGUCCUGCAACGGCUUUGACCUGGUCAUGCCAAGGCCGCUGCAGGCUUCCCUGGACGAGCAGAUCUGCCUGGUGGCGACGGUGCGACUGGCCAUGCCACAGUUCCUAAAGGAUCUAUGCACUGUUGAAGAUCCAUGUGAUGAAUUCACCUCCAGGCACAGUCUGGAAUGGAAGUUCUUGUUUUUGGAUCAUAGAGCUUCACCUAUAAUUGGCUACUUGCCUUUUGAGGUUCUCGGAACGUCUGGCUAUGAUUAUUACCAUGUUGACGACUUGGAGCUAAUAGCAGAAUGUCACAAACAAUUAAUGCAGUUCGGAAAGGGGAAGUCCUGCUACUACCGCUUUCUGACUAAAGGACAGCAGUGGAUCUGGCUCCAGACACACUACUACAUUACCUACCACCAGUGGAAUUCCAAACCAGAGUUUAUCGUGUGCACCCACACUGUGAUCAGCUAUGCAGAGGUGCGGGCGGAGCGGAGGAGGGAGCUGGGCCUUGAGGAGACCUUGUCUGAUGUCGCCUCCUCCUCCUUAAUUAAGAGUCAUGAUGUUUACCUGGAUGUCAGCCAGGAAGCGCCCAGAGUGAGCAGGACCCGGUCGGUGUCCUCACAUAGCUCCCGCAAGUCCUCCCACACUGCCAUGUCGGACUCUGCGUCAAACUCCUCAGUGAGGUUCACAGAACCCAGCACGCCUACACGCCAGUCCAUGUGCACUGUGCCCGAGAAGGCAUCCUCUCGGAUCCAGCCCAACAGCUCAAAGACUUUAGUUCAGAGCCAAAACUCUUCCAAUGUCUUUCCCCAGCCGAGCGUCUCUCAUUCUGCUACCGGCAACCAGCCGCCUGUCAUGACCAUGUACCAGUUCCAGCCGCCGCAGCUGGGCGUCAUGCAUCAGCUGAAGGAGCAGCUGGAGGAGCGCACGCGCAUCUUGCAGGCCGACAUCAAGACACAGCAACAGGAGCUGCAUGACAUCAAAGAGCAGCUCCAGCGAGUCAGCAGCUCCAACCUUGAGAUCCUCCAGCAGCACCCCGGCCCCGUGGUUUUCGGCCAUCUGCCGCAGGGUCCGGGCAGGCCGGCCAAGCUGUCCCAGGAGGCUGUCGGCAGUCAGCCUUCCAGUCAGGCCAAGCAGCCUCCUGUAGGUCAGGAUUACCUUCGGAGCUGCCGUGAUUCAUCGGCACACUCGCUCAGCUCUCCCUCCACUCAGGUGCAGCAUCAGCGGCCGAUGUGUGUCGCUCAGGGUCCGGCCCCCUGCCUGCCGGCCCACACGCACGGCAGCGUGACCGUACCCCUCUACAGCAACCCAGCGGGGUUCCCCCAGGCAGCAACGCGGCCCUUACAGCUGCCCCUGUCCCUGGCGUCCGACGCCAGCCAAAGACUCCCAGACACGGACUUCAGUCAAAACGGACAGCUGCGGAUGCUACUCAACCAGCCAAUACAGCCCCUAAUGCCAGACAGUGCCGGGACGUCUCAGGUCUCGCAGUGCAGCACAGCGAUGCAGCAAACCAAAUACACAAUGGAGCAGCACAUCAUGCCAUCGCCGCUGCCCAUGCAGCAGAUGAACUGCAGCGCCGUCAUCGUGCCCUCCCCCGUCUUCACGUCGCCCAUCGUCCUGCCCCACAACAGCUUCAUGUCGCCCCUGGCUCAGCCCGUCUACCCCCAGCAGCCCGCUCCUUCCCAGCCCUCUCUCCAGCAGCACCAGCAUCAGUUCUUUCAGCAGGUGCAGGCCCCGGGACUCUUAAGCUGUACGCAGACGCCGGCCCUCUUCCACACAGCCCACGUGGCUCAGACGGGCACCAUGGGAUACAUACAGGAACAGCAGCAGCAGCACUGCCAUUCGCAGCCCCAUAGCGGCAACCUCUCAGACAUGCUGAACAUGUAGCCCCAUUGGCAGCUAACGUGGCACAGCAGGAUGGCCAUUAAACAGCAGAAUUCAGCAGGGAACCCCAACGACAAGCUGCUGGCACUAAGACAGUUUGGGGGCACCUCGUUAGAACCAUGUAAAACCUGUCUGGAGUGGCCUUACUUUGGAUAAGGUACUGCCUUAUUUAAAUUAACAACUGUAUUUUUUCUACUCCACACGUUUCAACUGCUUACAGACGUUUCCGGAAUGGGAUCGUGACCUCUAAUGACCCUACAGUCCCGUCCGAUGGCAAGUAUGGAAAUGCCACAGCAUUGUGUAACUAAGCACUUAUGGAACGCCCAUUGCAAAAAGUUAAAAUGGCAAAUCAACGUGCAGGCAACCACUGGGCAAUGGGAGCCGCUCAUAUUGAAUUAUGUAUUUGGCAUAAGUGGCUGCUAAGCUGUGAUUUUAUGACAGAAUACUCCUUAGACAGACAGUGGAACAGAACGUCGCUGUCGCUGUGGUGUCCCUUGCGCAAAGUCACAGAAGUAUCAUUAACAUCUGUCUGAUUAAGCUGAAAUCUUGAUACUCGCAGUUACAGAUGAUCAAAUUUCUGUUUACAGUGUUACGUGACCAUUAUAUAGAGCACUACAACAAAAUCAUUCUAGUAUAAGGCAUGAAGCGUCUGACUAUUUUGGCUCUAGACCCCUGAGAAUCAGUUCAGAACAAAGUACAAGUGUGUAAAAAUGUAUUUCUAUACUCAAUGUAUUACUCACUGAGUUUUGAUUUCGUAAGUCACCUGGACUUGUGUUUUUAUAUGUUUUUUUUUUUUUUUUUUUUUUUUAAAUAAGUACAUGUAGACAACAUUUCUUUUACAAACUGAGAUAUAUUUGUAGUAUUACAAAUUAGAAAACCCAGCAGUAAUGUCUGGAAAGAUGGAGUCGUCUUGGAGGUUGUGCUCGGGCUUCUCCUCCGGGCAUAAAAUUACCAGCAUCAUUGCUGUAUUUGUAAACUAAGUACCGCUCCUUAGGUUAAAUCGUUAGCUAAAUUAAGGCCUCAAAAACCUCCAGAUGUCCAUCCUUCAAUUCCCUUCUGCCUUGAGGUUCCAUACCUGGCAGAGUGGAGUUUGCAGUGGGCGGUCAGCAGGACUCGGUCCAUGCUGGGAAUUGGCAGGUGGGCCCGGUCCAUGGGGGGAAUUGGCAGGUGGGCCCGGUCUGUGGGGGGAGUUGGCAGGUGGGCCCGGUCCAUUAAAUCUCAAACUUGUUGGAGUCGAUCCUUAAACGUACAUUUCUGUUAUCCUUGAUAACAUCCUCUUCUCAGGUAAUUUAUGAAAUCUAAAUUCUCUGUUUUAAAAUGCAUUUUUAAUCCCAGCUCGCUGGUUACACCCAUAUUUAUGUUUUCCGUGUUAAUGUAUUAAGUAAUUUUAGGUCACUGCUAGCUGACUAGCGAGUGGUAUAAAGCGUAUAUGUAAAGUACUGUAUUCAAACAUGCUGUGUCCCCUCAAUUCAUUCGUUGAUACUGUAGAGCUCACAGCACUUUCCAUGUCUCAUGUUGCACAGCUGGUUUAGAUAUAAUUAUGACACCGUUCAUAUUUACAGGAACUUGAAAUAAUCCCAAGAAUCUGUCCAUUCAUUGUUUCUAUAUUGUUGUCCAGUUAAGAACCAUAAUACCAAACACAUACAAUUUUACAUUAUAUUAUAUUAUAUUAUAUUAUAUUAUAUUAUAUUAUAUUAUUUCUGUCCGACAGAAAAACAAAAUCUUCUCAGAAAAUGCUUUGCGAAAUAAAUCUAAAUAAAUUGUAACAACGUAAUGAGACUCCCUUAGCUGCACAAAUAGAAACCCUUACACAGACGUCAGCGUAAAGUUAAUGUUUUAAAUGGACUUGAGUGGAUUAUCAGUGAAAUAAAUGCCAGUAUCGAGAAAACACAAACUAAUCUCGCUUUGUUUUCAAAAUUAACAAUGAUGCUAGUUAGCUAGCUAUGUAGCUACCAGUAUUAAAUUAAAAUUGUAAAAUAAUCCGUAUUAAUGGCAAUUGUGAAAUGUUCACAAGUACAAGUAAAUACUAGUUAAACAGGUGAGUAAAUAAAACAUCUCUUGGUCAAUUAAAUGUUGAAAGCUAUCAGUAGACUGAGGAGAUUCGGCCUUAUUCCAUCUAUAGCAAAAAAUAACAAUCGUCAAAAAGUGGACAUGUACGGUUUGCGUCGGACAGCAAUGAUAUUAUGUUAUAUAAGAUAUGAUGUAUAACAUAUACAAGGGUCUUGAUAAGUAAUGGCAUUUUGAAAUUCUCAACGGUAACCCUAGACCAUCCCAGGGUAACUGCAAUCUGUCACAUUCCCCAGUUGCCCAAAACGCCCACAUGGCACGUUUUAGGCGAGUGACUUGUGACAUCGCUGCAGUUUCCCGGUGACUCAUGUGCUAUUCGCCACCUGUUCCUCCUGCCAUAUAAAUACAUGUAUAUUUCAUCCAUAUCCUUUAUAAUGGUACCCAGUGUUUACCAUUUAGAAAUUGCAAAGCACAUCUAUUUAUUUACAUUUUUUUUGUUUUUUUUUACUUAUUUUCUGUGUGUCGUAU